CGAUUUUUGAAAAAUCAGUGAAAGCCGCGCCAUCUCUCCCUCUCUCUGGCUUUGAUUUGGAAACAUAACUUUCUCGAUAGGCUACUCAGAAGAGUUUGCAGCGAUAUUUUGACCGCGAUCGAGGUUUUGCGAAGAAAUUCAGUUUCGAUUUUUAGAUCUGGUUGUGAUGUCCAAAAAUACGAUGGAUUAAGGACUAUCGUUGAAGGCUGAGAUGAGAUGCAAUGCGUGCUGGAGAGAAUUGGAAGGGCGGGCCAUUUCGACAACCUGUGGUCACCUCUUAUGCACUGAAGAUGCCAGCAAGAUCCUCAGCAAUGAUGCAGCGUGUCCCAUUUGCGAUCAAGUGCUUUCUCAGAGCCUCAUGAAACCUGUGGACAUCAAUCCAAAUGAUAAAUGGAUAAAUAUGGUCAUGGCUGGAGUGUCUCCACAAAUAUUGAUGAAAAGUGCAUACAGAAGUGUGAUGUUUUAUAUUGGACAAAAGGAACUAGAGAUGCAGUAUAAGAUGAACAGAAUUGUCGCUCAGUGCCAUCAGAAAUGCGAGGUAAUGCAAGAGAAGUUCACAGAAAAACUAGAGCAGGUGCAUACUGCAUAUCAGAAAAUGGGCAAAAGAUGUCAGAUGAUGGAAAAAGAGAUCGAGAGUUUGUCAAUGGAUAAGCAGGAGCUCCAAGAUAAGUUCGCAGAGAAGUCCAGGCAGAAGAGAAAAGUAGACGAAAUGUAUGACCAAUUGAGGUGUGAGUUUGAGUCGAUGAAACGAUCAGCAAUCCAGCCUUCAAGUAAUUUCUAUACAAGAAAUGAGCCUGAUUUUUUUGCAAACCCAGCUCCUGUUGUGAAGGAUAACAGAGACCCUAUACGGAAAGAUUGGUCGGUUUUCUCUCCUCAAACUCCAGGACUCAGAGAGGAUGUGCGGCCAGCAAGGCAGAACAAUUCCAAUUCUGGUUCAUUUGGCAUCUCUGCUGGCUCUCCAGUAAAUCAAUCAGCCAUUCCAAUGGAUGCAGGAAACAAAAGGGCUGGUGCUCCUGCUUUUGGAGCUGGUUCUGCUAACCCCUCAAUGACCUUGAGGAACUUGAUACUCUCCCCAAUCAAGAGGCCUCAACUCUCUCGUAAUCGAGCUCAAAUGUUCACGUAAGUGACAAACUCAUAGUUUCUGAGGAUGAGUUCACUACAUAUUUUUAAUGUUCAUCUUACGUUGGGUUUUCAGGCUGUAGCUUAGAGAUCAAGGAAUUUUUGGUUUGCUGGACUAUUCAUGCCGGACCUUAACUAUUCCUUUUCAUUUUAAUGUCAUUUUUUUCUUUAAAAAAAGAAAAAGACGAAACAGACAAAGAUUUAUGAAAGGAGAUGAUUAAAAGGUACAAAUAGUAGUCUUUUUCAGCCCUACCAUUUGUCCUAGUAAUUUGGAUCCCAAUUAUCCAUGAUGUUAGGACAAAUAACUUUUUCGAGUCUUAUUUUCCCUUCAAAUGCUAAAACUUGAAAAGAAUAUAGAUAAGAGUCUCGCGGAUAGGAGAUCGGAGACAUACAAGAAUAUAGGAGUUACUCGUAAUUUUGAAGGAUUGAAUAUGUGACAUUUAGGUUGCACCAUUAUAAUUUUACUAAUGCACAACAUGUUCACUUACAAAAAGUAAAAUUCAAACUCAAACCUAGGCUAAUCGAGCUGAUGCUUCAUGCUAGAAUCGCUCAAU